AUGGAGACUUCGGAAGCUCCAAAAGGCAGCAUGAAGCAUGCUGAUGGUGUUAUGGAUGUAGCAAGAGAAAUUCUAAGCGAGCUUCCAGAGAAAAACAUUUUCAUGCCACAGGUUUUGGUAACAGUGUCAUGCAAUAGUAGAUGUUUGAAUGGGUUCAUAUCUACCAAUGAUGAUAGUGUUCAGGAAAGAAGCAGCUUGGCAGCAUGUACAGAGUAUGGCCCUGUCAACAGUCUCCUCACUGACAGUGGUGAAGUUUUAUCAGAAUCUGAGCAAACUACUCUAGAGCUGAAGUGGAAGUAA